AUGAAGCCCUCCAAAGUCCUCACAGACUCAACCCAAAACCAAACGACUCUCCAAUGCUCUCUCCCUCACAAACCUCUCGACUCCUCCCCAAACUCCAACUCCCACUUCCCCACUAACCUUUCCUACGAGCCUACUUCUGUUCUUGAUCCCCACCUCACCUCCAGCCCUGCCGCCGCCGCCGCCGCCGCCGGCCCCGACCUCGCUCACCUUCCCUGGGACUCCAACAACCACCAGCACCACCACCUCCUCCCUCCGUCUCCCCAGCCGGCAACCUUCGAGGAGUGGGACCCCGUCGCCAGCUGGCUCCUCUCCGAAAAAGACGACCUCUCUCCCUUCCCGAAAGCUCCCCACCACCCCCAAUUCCACUUCUCCGAGGACGACAACCCGUCGAAUGCUUCGUUGUUCGACGGCCCCUUCGACCUCCCCGACCCUUUCGAUCCUCUCCCUCGUUUCUCCGACACGGCCGUCGCCGUCGUUUCCCCGCCGCCGGCCUUCGACCGGACCCACCUUGAAUUGCUCUCCCGAGCCGCCCUCUCCAUCGAAUCGGGCGAUUUCCCGACGGCCGACACGAUAUUGGCGCGGCUCAAUCAGUACCUCCCCGUCUCCGCCUUUUCCCCCCUCCACAGAGCCGCCUUUCACUUCAAGGAGGCACUUUUGGCCCUCCUUCCCCUCGCGGACCGCCCCGCCGCCGAGCCCCCACUCUCCGCCGUCGAGAUCGUCCGCCGGAUCAGCGCCCACAAGGCCUUCUCUGAUCUCUCCCUUUUCCCCCAGUUCGCCAGCUUCACCGCCAACCAGAUCCUCCUCGACGCCCUCGAUGCCGCCGCUGGCGGCGGAGGACAUAGCUCCGUCCACCUUAUCGACUUCGAGAUCGGGCUCGGGGGGCAGUGGUCAUCCUUCGCCCAGGAGGUCGCCUCCCGGAGCCGCGCCGCCCGCGCACCCCCGCCGGGGCUCCGGAUCACCGCCGUCGUCCCGGAGGAGACCGGCGAGACCGCCCUCGCUGCCGAGAACCUCCGCGACUUCGCCCGCGGCCUCGGCCUCCGCCUCACCGUUGACUUCGUCCUCGUCGGCGGCCUCGGCACCCUCGCCCUCAGCGGCAUCCGCUUCGCCCCCGGCGAGCCCGUCGCCGUGGUGCUCACCCCGGCCAUCUUCCGCGUCCUCGGUGCCGCCCCCGAGUCCUCCGCCGCCCUCCUCCGCUUCGUCCGCCGUGCGUCCCCGCGGGUCGUCGUCUUCGUCGACACCGAGUGGAUCUGCUUCGACGACGGGGCGGGGUAUCCGCCGUCGCUGCAGCGGACCGUGGUGGCGGGGAUCGAGCACUACGCGGCGGUGUUGGAGUCGAUGGAGGCGGCGGCGGCGGUGUCGGGGGCGGCCGGACCGGUGGAGGACGUGGUUCGGCGGGUCGAGCGGACCGUGGUCCGUCCCAGGAUUUUCUCGGCGGUAGGAUCGUGGAGGUCGGGCUGGGGCGGGGCGUGGAGAGAGGCGUUCGCGGGGGCGGGGAUGGCGCCGGUUGUGUUCAGCGAGUUCGCCCAGUCGCAGGCCGAGUGGCUGGUCCGGAGGGCCCCAGUGGACGGCUACCGCGUGGCGAGAAGAGAGGCUUCCAUGGUGCUGAGCUGGCGGGGGAGGGGGCUGGCCUCCACGUCAGCCUGGAGGUGCUGA